AUGUAAUCUUAAUCAAUAGGAGAAGUAUAUCAAUUAAAUUCAAUUAGGACGACAUGAAAUAAUCAGAUGACAAGAAUAAAGAUCAAAUAAGCUACUGUGAAUUAUACUCAUUUAAUCUAACUUAUGAAGAGAUUUAAUAAGAAUCAAAGGAUAAAAAUAUCAAAUUGAUUCCAGAUGAUAAAUAAGUAUUCUUUGAAAUAAUAUUGAAAGAAUAAGUUACAUAUAUAUUUUAUAUAAUUAGUAAAUGAGAUUGGAUAAGAACUAUUAAGAUUUGUAUAAAUCAUAUUCUGGUAAUGUAGAAGAAAUGAUUCGUUCAAAAAUAUUUAAAUAAUAUGGAUAUGAUGAUUGUCCUACAAAUCAUAAAUUAUAUUAUGUAUUAACUUAGAAAUUCAGAAAUGAUCCUGAAUUGAAAAACUAAGUAUUCUUUUGGAGAAAUAAUGUAAUGAAAGGAUGCAGAGUAGCUUUAAAUUAAGAGCCACCUGAUAUUUAAUUAGUAAAUUUAGAAAACAAGAAAGUUUCACUAUUAAAAUUAAUGAUACAGUGUCAUAAAGAGAAUAGACUUCUUGUUGUUUAUUCUGGUAGUAUUACAUGA